CGUUAAUCGUUAGCCCUCGAAGCCGUCUUCUCUUCUGCCCCCCGGUGGAGUUCCUUGCGUCUACCUCCGCCGCAUUCGUGUCCCCUCUCCUCGCGGGUCGAGUCGAGACCCUUUUCUCCUGCUCUCCUCUUCCCAAACAUCACCGGCUUCUUCUCCUGCGCACUUGCCCCGUCCAUGAAGCACGCGCCGCUCUCCUCCCUGCAGGAGGAGGAGGGGGAGCCCGCCGGAGACGACUCCGCCUUCUCUGCCGCCGCCGUCCCGCCUCGCCCCGCCACGCACCACUCGCUCCAAAAGUACGCGCCGCUGGACUGGUCCGCCUACUUCGACGAGGAGCGCAGCGUCGCCGUCCCCGACACCGACGACGUUUUCAAUGUGUACACAGCCGGAUCGGAGGGGCCCGUCGUGUUCUGCCUGCACGGAGGCGGCUACACGGGGCUUUCGUUUGCUCUAGCAGCAAGUCGAAUAAAGGACAAGGCCCGUGUUAUUGCCAUGGAUCUGCGAGGUCAUGGGAAGUCUACCACAAGUGAUGAUUUGGAUUUGUUCAUCGAAACUCUUACCAAUGAUGUCAUAGCUGUUAUACGUACAAUGUAUGGAGAUUCGUCACCAGCAAUUAUACUUGUUGGCCAUAGCAUGGGCGGCUCAGUGGCUGUACAUGUGGCUGCAAGAAAAGCAAUUCGUAAUCUCCAUGGUCUUGUUGUCGUUGAUGUAGUUGAGGGAACAGCAAUGGCUUCACUGGUCCAUAUGCAGAAGAUUUUAGCAAAUCGAGCACAACACUUCCCUAGCAUUGAAAAAGCAAUUGAAUGGAGUGUCAAAGGCGGGCCAUUAAGGAACAUUGAGUCUGCUCGUGUUUCCAUUCCAUCUACCUUGAAAUAUGAUGAAUCAAGGAAAUGCUAUACAUAUCGCACUCCUCUUGAGGAAACAGAAAAAUACUGGAAAGAAUGGUAUGAAGGUCUUUCAGACAAGUUCUUAUCAUGUCCAGUGCAAAAGAUCCUGUUAUUAGCUGGCACUGAUAGACUGGACAGAGCUUUAACAAUAGGUCAAAUGCAAGGAAAGUUUCAAAUGGUGGUGGUUCGACACACUGGGCAUGCCAUACAGGAAGAUGUACCUGAAGAAUUUGCAUCACACAUACUAAAUUUCAUAUCUCGCAAUAAAAUAGGGCCAAAUGGUGUCGAGAUACCUGGCCUCAUUAGAAAAUGGCAGCACUAGACAGAAUGUAUGAAAGAGAAGUUGCCCAAGAACGUUUCAAGAUGAUCAUGUAGGCGUGAGCAACUAAUUUUCCUUAGUUUUACCAUUUGGUUGCGACUCCCACCUUGCUUGUCACAAGUGGUUUGGUUUUAUGACAUGGUUCACGACCUGUGAGUGCCAUUUGUAUGAGGUUUGAUUAUAUGUUUGUGAAUAACGCUGAGUGUUUUAUAAUGCUUUC